AUGAAUGAACAUGCAAUUCUCACCACUCGUCUCGCCAACGCUCCCUACAAAAUCUUCGACUGGGAUCAAGAAGAGCCUCCUCUCUCUCAUGAAAAAGUCAUUGAAAACCACUACACUGCUGAUGAGAUUAUUGAUGAAGGUAUUUCUCCAAAUGAAUAUGGAAGGGCAAAGUUUAUUUCCGAAGCCUUGAUGAUUGAAAAUAGUGGUGUAACAAGACCACCAACAAGUCAUGAAGAUGAUGAACCAAAGUUUUGGAGGAGAAAGGAUUUGUUGAUUCCUGGAAAAUCAAUUCAAAUUUCUUCAAAGAUUACGACGGUGCAAUUGUUGAACGAGGAAGAGCCUAUUGAAGAAAGUGAUGAUGAUUAUGAGGAAGAUGGUUUUGAAACAAUGGUCAAUCAAGAUCGUUGUAUUUAUAUUGGAAGCAUACUGUCCGAAACAGAAUGUAGUGAUUUGAUUGAUUCCACAUCAAGAUUGGGAUAUGAGAAAAUUGAUAAGGAAUAUCCAAAGGAAUAUCUUAAUAAUGAGAGAGUUUUGGUCAAGAGUAAGAAACUUGCAGAUAUAAUUUGGUCUCGAAUUGUUCCAUUCUUGAAAAAGUCUGAUAUUGAUGGUGUGAAACCUUAUGGUUUUGAUAAUGAUGGUUGUUGGGUUCCUUGUGGAAUUAAUGAAGUUUUAAGAUUCAACAAGUAUAGUCGUGGAAGUUUCUUUAAACCUCACACUGAUGCUCAAUUCGUUAGAAAUGAUAAUGAAAAAUCAAUCUUUACAGUGUUGAUCUAUUUGAGCUCCUUUUCUUCAACUACAACCUUUUUCCAAAAGGUUGGAGAGAAGAUUGAGGAUAAUAAUAUUUCUUUUGAUUUCAAACAGUUGGCGUGCAUCGACUCAAAAGAAGGAAGUGUUGCCAUAUUUAACCAUAAUCUCUAUCAUGCCGGCGAAAAAAUGGCUUAUGGAUCAAAGUAUGUUGUGAGAAGCGAAAUUAUCUUCAAGAGAAUUGAUAAGGAUAGUAUUUAUAGUAUGGAUUAUAGAAAUAGUGAAGAAUUCAAACGGGUAAAGAAACUCAUUGAUGAUAGCUACGAGUUGGAACGUCAAGGUAAUUUAACCCAAUCCACCAUCAAAUAUGUCCAAGCUAUGGACUUGUCCCACUCCAUUCAAAAAAAAUCAAAUAGAAAAUUGAGUUUUAUUGAAGAAAAUCUUCCUGAAGAGAUAUUCGUUCACAUAUUUAACUAUUUAACAGAUGAAGAGGUCUGUAAAAGUGUCAUUCCUAUCAAUUCUGAAAUUAAUUCAAUUGCUAGAUAUGAAAACAUGUGGGAACAAAGAUUUUCUAAUAAGUGGGGAUCUAACACAUUGGAAAAGUCAAUCCUUGAUAGAGCUAUUAGCGUUAAAUACGGUGAAAAUUAUGAACCUACCAAUGAAGAGAAGAUUGUAUUUCAUAGUAAGGAAAAUGAAAUUAUCAAUCUUCUUCAAAAAGAUUGGUAUAAUGCAUUUUCAGCCAGAUCAAAUAUGGAAAAAUCUUUCAAUGCUGUACUUUUAGAUCUUGGACAACAUACUUACAAGUAUGGAUUAGCAAGUAAUAAUACAUAUUGGAGAUCAAUGACAGCUGUCGGUGAACCUAAUCAUCCUGACUUUUAUUUACCAUCCUAUGGAUUUGACGACGUUCUAACAGGGGAUAGAUUUUUUAACGCUCAAUACCAUUGUGGAUUGAAACCGUUCUUUAACUCUAAAGGAGUACCCAAGAAGAAGUUGUUCAAAAUAUUCCUUUAUCAGCUCUAUAAGGAAGAUUUAAGAGUUAAAUUACAAGAACAUCCUCUUCUCAUGGCUGUUCCUCCUCACUGGGAUAAAGAAUAUUUGAAAAAGGUAGAACAGGUUGUGUUUUCUUUAGGUAUUCCAGCAGUUCACUUUGUAAACUCGUUCAAGUUACUUGCAUUGUAUUAUCAAAAACCAACAUCCUUAAUUCUUAGUGCAACACCAUAUGGAUCGACAUGUGUACCAGUUGUAGAUUGUGAGGUUAAGACUGCAUGUAUGGAUAUGAAUGUGUUUAACAUGUACGAGAAGAAUAGGAAUAUGAAUAAGGAUAUGAAAUAUUUUGAAAUGACUUUCUGGGCGAAGGUAUCAGAAUUUUUGAAAAUUGCCCCUUGCAGUCCUAGCCAAGAUCAACAAGAAUUCAAUGAAUUUGCACAAAACGUUGAACCUUUCGAAUGGAUUCCACACCACAUGGUUUCACCAGCCAAUCAAAGAGCCAAUAUUUCGGAAUUUUUCUAUUCUCAUGUAUGGGAAAAUGUACAAAAAUCAAUUACCUUAAUUCGUAAUCAUCAAUCUCUUUCCAAUAUCGAAAAAGAGCUAAUGCUAAACAAUAUUGUAAUAGUUGGUGGAUUCUCAGCAUUGACAGGAUUUAGAGAAAGAAUCAAGAAGGACAUUUUGGAAUAUCUUGGAAAUGAAUACUCUCCAUCAUUUACUUUUAGAGAGCAUAAGGUUGAUUAUUCUGUCAGAAAAAUAGGUAACAAGGUCAGCAUUGUUGGACAAGAUAUGGACGUAGUUGGAGGAGCUAGAAUUGUUUCCAAUCUCUCAAACUUUAGAGAAAUUUGUAGUUACAAGCAAGUAGAUAACAAGUGUUAA